UGGGAGCGGACGAUUGACGCCACGACGUUCCGGCGACGUUGAGGCGACGUUGGGUGACAGUCACGGCCUGAGCCACGCCCCUUAGCAACGCCCUGAGCCACGCCCCUACGGUCUGUGAGUGGGCCAGAUGGCGGAGCUGCCGAUGAACCCCGACUGCACGCUUCGGGAAAAAUAUCGAGAAGUCGACUUAAUAAUGGCUCUGGUGGCAGAGGAAUGCAACAAGCCAACUCCAAGCAGAAGCAUGAUGCUGAGCAGAUGUCAAGUCGGGAUUGAGCUGGUUGACAACCUCAUCGAGGCUGAUCAUUCUCCAGGACGAAGAACGUCCCUGGUUGUUUUGAAACAAUUCUUAAAACACAUUCUCACUAUUACGUCAGCGAAGAAAGAUAAUCUCGACAAAAGUAAGCCGUGCGCAAAGCAAGACAUCUCAAAACAAACAAGUGCAGACGCUGAUUCCAGGCGGCAGGCUAUCGAAGGCAUGGCCAUACAGCAGAAGACCAUCUCCUUCGAAAACAUUUCGGGGCUAAACGAAGCCAAACAGAUCCUACGAGAAGCCAUCACUUUCCCCGAUCUUUACCCACAUUUCUUUAAAGACGGUCUGAAACCUUGGAGAUGCAUUUUACUUUAUGGUCCUCCUGGGACAGGGAAGACGUGUCUUGCCCUCGCGAUUGCCCUGGAGAUUAAGGUGAAGUUUUACUCUGUCUCCAGCUCAGACCUCGUCUCCAGCUUGUUUGGGGAAACGGAAAAGAUGAUCAAGGCGCUAUUUCAACAAGCCAGGAGCCAGCAGGGAAAAUGUGUGCUGUUCAUCGACGAGGUGGACAGCCUGUGCCGCAAGCGCAAGAGCAGCGAGGAGGAGCACGUGCGGCGCAUCAAGACGGAGCUGCUGCGCCAGAUGGAGGGCGACUGCACGCACGCAGUGGGCGAUCGCGACAAGCUCUUCCUCAUCUGCGCCACCAACUGCCCCUGGGACUUGGACACGGCAUUUGUCCGCCGCUUCCAGCGCAGGAUUUGCAUCCCGCUGCCCAACAGAUUGGCGCGACGAGACAUCAUCGGCAAGUGCAUAGGCUCGCAGGAAGUGAACCUGUCCCACACGUUCAUGGAGACCUUGGUGAACCUGACGGAGGGCUUCAGCGGGAGCGACAUUUGCAACGCCGUGUCCGACGCACUCUUCCAGCCCAUACGCCACACGGAAAAGGCAACCGCCUGGGUUUCUUUGCCCGGUGGAAAAGUGACCCCAUGCAGCCCAGACACACACGGCGCAAAAAAGGCAACGCUGCGCGAUAUUCCUCCCGAGAAGGUGCAGCUCCCUAAGCUCACCUUCAUGGACUUAAGGUCCGCGCUGAUGAAGGCGCAUGCGACGGUGACCAAAGAAGAAGUAAAUCAAUUCAACAAGUUUACCGCCGAGUUCGGCAGUUGUGGCAGCUGAGGGAAAGCUGCAUGGCACGGACAAAGUUGUUUCCGUUUGGGAUAGAAUAAGUGCGUUGGUAAAAAUCAGUUUCACGAUUACCCAAAGCGGUGGAAAUGUUUCUGUAAUGUUACCUGUGAUAGUUCCUUCCACCUCUUUCAAGAUGUCCUUAGUGUGGAAAAGUAGGCCAAAGUUCCCUCUAGAUAAGUUUUCUAGACCUCUCGUGAAGGCCCUUCUGCCAGCAGUGGCGAGAGGAUGCACUUGCGGGGAUGUGCCUUUACCUCGUACAAGUUGUAAUAGUUGCCUUGUUAUUGUGACCACGUGAGCUUGCAUGGAGGGAUGUCAACAGCCUCCCUCUCAUUAAUCACAUUUGAAGUUGUUGCAGCCUGAAUGCUUUCUUUCAAUGUGUAAGUGUAAUUUAUUAAACGGAUUGCAACACACCUAUUACAUCCAUGAAGGCCGUCACUGGACAGAGCUAGGGGUGUGUGCUUGUAGAGACCGAUGUAAUUUCAGAAAAAUGUUGAUGGGCUCUCCCAACAGUGUUGUUGCUGCAUGGCGUUUCCAAACGCCUCUGUGCAGCUUGCUUUGACUUAUUCUGAAAUGUUGACGAGGUUUGUUAAUUGCGCCACUGGUAACGCAGCAUUAGAUUAAAUACAGCUCUACAAUUACUGUUAAGUUUUGAUUUAAAGCUUUCGUGACUGCAGGGAUUCAUAUUAUUGGUUCUUUCGGUAAAGUCACGAGGACUGGGAAAUAAUACAAUAAUAAAAAUAUUAAACAAUGAAAUUCUCACGACGUUUCUACUGCAACACAAGCAAUCAUCAAAAUAUCUUGCUGUGGAUUUCACACCUGAUGAUGAUUGCUUGUGUUGCAGUCGAAACGUCGUGAUAAUUGUAUUGGUUUAUAUUUUUAUUACUUUAUUAUUUCCCUUCUACGUGACUUUACCAAAAGAACGAAGGAUACUGUUAAGUUCUUCCUUGAUAGAAAAAAAACACUGGAUGGUCACUUGGCAUUAUUUCCUGAAUGUAUGCGACAUUUAAUGCAGGGUACAAAUUGCUUGUGCUGGAAGUUCGACUGUUCCCAAAGCACUUCAAACCUACUCUUUAUGAUAAUAAUUUAGUUGUAUAGUGUCAUUCAUGCUAACUGCAUCCCACAAUGCUGCACAUUAAUUAUAUAUAAGGGGCCGUCCAUAAAUGACGUCACGCACCUAGGGGGGGGGGGGUCAGACAUUUGUGAUGAUGUGUGACGAGGGGGGGAGUUGAGAAAUGUGACAUCACAUCAAAAUGCGCAACUUUAAAUAAAUAUAAUAGACAACACGUUCUACUUAAUUAAAUAGACUUUCGAUUUAAAGCUUUCGUGACUGCAAGGAUUCAUCUUCUUGGUUCUUUCGGUAAAGUCACUUAGAAGGGAAAUAAUAAAAUAAUACAAAUAAAACUAAAUAUUUCUCACGACAGACGGUGUCUUUCUGACAGACCUGUUCUUCACCUGAGGACGGCUGCGUUGUGGCCGAAACGUGAGAAAUAUUUUAUUAUGUUUGAUUUUUAUUAUUUUAUUAUUUCCCUUCUACGUGACUUUACCGAAAGUACCAAGAAGAUGAAUCCCUGCAGUCACGAAAGCUUUAAAUCGAAAUUUAGACGUCCUUCCCGUUUUGUUUUUAAAUACAGUCGUGUACGUGCAGUGAUUUAUUUCAGCCGGAGUUGCCUGGGGCUGGGCUCUGGAAAAUAAUUCGUGUUGGAUGUUGUUGUGGUGCUGAUAUAUUGCACGAGUAAUUUGAGCCCAUGCCGUAACGCAUAUAAUUAGCCGCGCAAUUAACUCCAACCAAUCAGCAGAGACCGUUCGGGUGUUUUUAAAGUUUGUCUGCUUUCGAGUCAGAAAGCGCCACGAUCGUAGGAAUCGAUUCCAACUCCCUUAACUUUACAACACAUUUUUAAACGUGUCCAUUAUUCUAUUGUACUUUGUAACAAAUCGAUACAACAAAAAAUAAUCUCCCAACAACUGAAUGAUAAUCGCUCAGCCUUCAAUCGUCGUUGAUCACAACUAUUUUACAAAAAGCUUUCGUGACUGCAGUAAUUUAUAUUCUACGUGGCUCUACCGAAAGACCCAAAUAAUAUAUAAUUCCUACUUUGUUGAACACGUAGUAGGCUUUCGCGACAAAUGUCCACAAAGGUGUUUUGGUUAGGGGCCGUCCAUAAAUGACGUCACGCGAUUUUAGACGAUUUUUGACCCCCCCCCCCUCGUCACGCGCGGCGUCACAAAAAGUCAGAUCCCCCCCCCUCAAAUAUGACGUCACAAAGCUCUGCCCCCCCCCCCAAAAAAAUAAAAGAUGCUUCAAAUCGCUUUAAACUAUUGUCAUUGUAGUGCGUAUUUAAUGUGGCGCAGCACUCUU